AUGGUUUGUGCCAUAGUACCUACUCCUAUAGGCGCCCUCCGCACGUGUCGCGCGACCGUCUUCUCCACAGUGCCCUACCCAUACCUAGAAAUACAUGCUAGUGGGUCCCUUGAUUGCCAUGUCUGCUCCGCUCCAACCCUGCCCACGAUAGCUUCACCGCUCGCCCUUCAGGCAAAACGUCUUGCUCUCCGACCACCGGCAAUGCGCAGCAUCCGGAAUGCUCCGCCAAUCCCAUCUACCGUCCACCUCUCUUCCCCGUGA